AUGAGUCAAGACACAGGGAAGGAGAGAACGUGGCCCGCCCUCAUCGGCAAGGGCGGCAAGCCUAUGUCGCCGCGAGGCAAGCUCACGAAAUCCGGCGGUGGCAGUAAUGGAGGAGGCGAAGGUGGCGAUUCGAUGAACACCGAAGAUUCGCCGCGUAGCGACACCACAACAUCCCCUCGAGGCAGACUCCUCGAUUCCCUGCAAGGGGGCGCAGGAUCUUCAUCUUCAUCCGCAGCGGCCGCUGCGGCCAAGCCCAAGCCCGACCUGCGCGCCCGAGCACUCAUGAGCCACAAGAAGAUGCAGGAGCAGUUCAACCCCAAGAAGACCGCCGCCUGCGCCACCCUGUCGACCAUGGCCGGCCGCCUGACGCGGGACGAGCUGGCUGGCCGCGCCGUAGUGCUCGCGCUCGACCUCGCCGAGUCCCUACACGGCCGACGCCCGACUUUGGCCGAGGUGCGGCUCAUCGCCGAUAUGCUGCGCACGCUGCGAAGCCAGCAGCAGGCGCGAGACGGCAGCCAGCAGCACGACCGACGAACAACAACAGAAGGUGGUGGAGGAGGAGGCGACGGUGACGGCGACCACGAAGACAACGCGAAGAAGGAGAAGGAAAAGGAGAAGAAGAAGAGCAAGAAGAAGGACAAGAUGGAUACCAAAGAAAAGAAGGACAAGAAGACGGACAAGAAGACAGAGAAGAAAGAUAAGAAAGAGAAGAAGGAGAAGAAAGAAAAGAAAAAGGAGAAGAAGCGGCGGGCGGCCGAGAGCGAAAAGGCCUCGACGACGACGACGAUGACGGCCUCGACGGAGGACGGCGGCGGCGGCAGCGAGAGCGGCAUCGGCAGCGGCAUCACGAACGGCGCCGGGACCGUGGCGGUGUUGGGCGGGCGACUCGAAUACACGGAAGAGACGAAGGGCGAGAACGAGGCCGCGCUCACGCUGGCGACGGCCGACACGCUCAAGCUCAAGGAGCUCGUACACGCCCACCUCAAACACGCGCUCUCCGCCACCCUUCCCUCUCCCGGCCGAUCGCCCCGGCCCGAUGACCAAGCCAAGAGUCCGAGCGCCAUGCCAUGGGGCUACGAGAUUCAUGCCAAAACGGACAAGGGCGUGCGAGACGCCAACGAAGACACAUACCUGGUCAUUGAGCAUUACAACGACCUCUACGCUCUCAAGAACGCGCCGCCACAGAUCUACAUCGGUCUCUUCGACGGCCAUUCGGGCAAGGAAGCCGCCGAGUACUGCCGGACGCAGCUACACAUGUCGAUCGCGCAGGAGCUCGACUCGAUGGAAAAGGUGCACGACGAAACGGCGCUCGGAAACGCGUUUCUUCGAGCGGACAAGAUCUUCACGGAGAAAGCCACGUUCAUGGGUUCGAACGACGGCUCCACGGCGAUGGCCGCCCUUUUGCGGGGCGAUCGACUCAUCGUGGCCAACUGCGGCGAUUCGCAGGGCAUGCUCUGCCGAAAAACAUCCACGGGCGGCACCGAACUACUAUCAUUAUGCACGACCCAAAAGCCCAACCGAGAGGACGAGAAGGAGCGGGUGAAGAACGCGGGCGGCACCGUGGUGUGGUUCCACACGUGGCGGGUCAACGGAGUGCUCGCCGUGACCCGCUCUAUAGGCGACCGACUCCUGAAACACAUCAUCAUCCCACAACCCGAGAUCCAAGUGACACAGCUGAGCCCGGACGAUGAGUUCAUGGUGCUGGCCACCGACGGACUGUGGGACUACAUGACGGAAGAAGAGGUGGCCACCUUCAUCCGGACAGCCGUGCAGACAAGGCCCAGAGAAGAGGUGAGUGCUGCGUUGAUCGAGCACGUCGUAUCGGGAAAGAACAGCAAGGACAAUGUAACAGUAAUCAUCGUAUUCUUCGACCACUCUUCCUCUUCGUCAUCAUCAUCAUCGUCUUCUUCUGCAGCUUCUUCUUCCACCUCUUCUUCCUCCUCAUCCAACAGCCAUCGAGACAACUGA